AGGACUUCAGCCACAGCAAAGCAAAUCCAGAGAAGUACAGGAAAGAAAGAAAAAAAAAUCACUUUCAGCUCUGGGCUCCACUACUAUUCUAAGUCUGUCAUGUAACAGAUUUUUUUUCAUCAGAGAAAGCAGCUUUUCAUCAAAAACUAGGUUGUUCACGUUUCACAACUCUAAGUCAUGCUGGGAAAGAAGUUGGUGACUGCACAAAAGCGAGGGGAGACAAGAGCCCUCUGCCUGGGACUGGGAAUGGUUGCAUGUUCCAUGAUGAUGUACUUUUUUAUUGGAAUCACCAUUGUGCCAUUUUACACUAAGAGUGUUUGGACAGCAGAAACUGUGUGCAAGGUACUCAAAGCCAACAUCAAGGACAAAGUUUUCUGCCCAAACAGCGAAGGCUCAGAGGAUGAGGAAAUCUUUCCUUAUCCCUGUCUACAGGUGUGGGUUAAUCUGACAGCCUCAGGACAGGAGGUUAUGCUCUACCAGACUGAAGAUACACUGGAAAGAAAUCCUGAGUGCUCAUACGUCCCAGACAAGUUGGAGAACUCUAAAGAAGUUAAGGCACGAAUAGAAACAAUUGCAAGCAAUUUCAAAAAAUACCAGACUUUCCCAUGUUACUAUGACCCAGGAGGAGCACAGACCAACGUCAUUUUAAGCAGACUUUAUCCCUCCAAAGGCCUUCUCUUUGCUUUCCUCUGGCCUACGCUCAUGUUUACUGGCGGAUGUCUGAUUAUUGUUCUGGUAAAAAUUAGUCAGUAUGUUUCUGUUCUUUCUGCUUGGCAGUAAAAAAUACAUAUCUAGCAAAGAUUGUUGCAAUCGUAGGAAGAUACUAACAUGUUCUGCCUUAUUGGCAUUUUGUGACUCUUAAUAUACCAGGUGUCGAUUCAAGGGCAGGCAUUCCAAAAAAUUGAAUAGCAACCACCACAGAUGGAAACCCAUUAUGCAAGGACAAAAUAUAAAACUGAUUCCCGGGAAUGCCUGAAAAUACAUCAUAAACACACAGACUUAGUUAUUCUAUUGUUUUCUUGGGCUUUAGGAGGUGCAGCUGCUUUACAAAGCUACAAUUCACAUUUACUACUAAACUCUUCCACAUUUUAGAUGGAGUGCUAAUUUUCUGUCUGGUUGAGAUCAGUUACUGCCAGAUCCAUAUACAUCAUCACUGGCAGACACACCCUUUAUACCCUUAUAUACUAAUACAAUAUGUACUCAUGGCAUACUCAUCUGUUGAGAAAAACAGCUUUGUUAUGGUGCAAAAAAGGUAUAUUUUUUAUCAUGGAUCUUGGGAAAGGGAAGAGAGAAAGCCCCUCAAAACAAAAAUACGUAUACAGACUUUACAAAACUUGCACUCUAACCAUCUGACACCAAUUGUAUAUAAAGAAAUAUAUGCAUAAAAUACAAGGUAUGGUAUAGAAGCCUACACUAAAAGUAUGUUUUUCUAUUGAACUCAGAUCUUAACCUUGCCUUAUUUGAGACAAGUGUCCCACUCAAGGAAGGUUACCUGGCUGCCACUUGUAUAGAUUAUAAAACUGAUACAAAAAGGAAGUUAUGAUAUAAUAUAGUGUCCUGGUUCUGGCCAAGACAGGGUUAAUUCUGCAGUAGCCCAGAGGGCCUGCAUGGUCAGGACCCAGAGGUUAUUCUGUAGCACCUCACCUCCUUUUCUGGGAAAGGGCUGCCUGCCAGCUGGGGUAGCAAAGCAGUGGGAAUGGUCAGGUAUUGUCAGGAGUGAGAACUCAGGUAGAAAUCGUUUCCUGUACACUCUUUUAUUAGUAUUGUUGCUGUUACUGUUCAUUGUCUUUUCAUUGAUGUUUCCAGUAAAUUGUUCUUAUCGCAACCCAUGAUGUUUGCAUUUUGUGCCUCCAGUACUCCUCUCCAGAUCAUCUAAGUGGGGAAAAGGAGAGGGGAGAAGCAAGCAGCUCGUGGCUUGGAGUGUUUCUGUAGGAACACGUAAUUGAGGAAUACAAUUCUUAAACCACAACAAGUGAAAUACAUCUCUGAUGUCUUAAUAAACUAGCACCAAGAUAUUUCACAAAAGAGAUAUGUUUGUUUCCAGAGCCAAGACUAGGAAUGCUCUGGUGCAUGUAGAGAGACUUUCUCUGUUCUCUGAAAAUAACUGUUUCUCUCAGCCAAAUUAAAAAUUGUCAUUAGACACAGGUGAACAUGAGAUACUUCCUGCAUACUAUAUUUGACUGUCAUCUGGGGCAAAACUGGUACAAGCUUUCUCACCACACAGGUGAUAGGAAAAGACUUAAGGAAAUAACAGUCAACAAGUCUGACUGGAAAAAAAUAUUAGCCAGUUCAAACUGAACUUAGAAAAGCCCUAAUGCAUUGAAUUAAGGAAGAAAGAAUAGCUUACAUUUUUAUAACUUUCAACCACAUCUUAGUACUUUAACAAGACCUACCUCACUUCAAUUCACUUUUGGAUAUAGCACUAGCAAGUCACUAGUGAAACCCUCCACUAAAAACCUACUUUUAGGAAGAGGAGUCAGCCAUGUACAUCAGAAACAUGCCACGCAGCCUCCUGCCACGUGACUAGCAUUAUUUCACCUUGGAAUCUUCAUCCCUUCCUUUGCUCUCCUUCAAAAGAGCAAAUCAGCAACUACAGUACCUGUUCCAUGUAUGAUGAGGCUAAUCAACCAAUAAAAAUGCAC